CCAGCCCCAAAAAAGAGGAAGUUCGUGCUUGAUACUCGAUACCCGGUGAAACUCAUUUAAAGCGAGACUUGCAACAACGUGGGCGACACCACGCUAAUAAAUGGAGAUGGAGGAUGGGAGCCAGCGGCUAAUCCGGGAAUAGCGAAGCAGAGGCAUGGAGGAAGACAAAUGGGGUUUCGAAGUAGGGGAGGAGGCAGUGCUUCAAAGCCCGAACACCUCUCUUCAGUUACUGUCGCCGAACGAGACACGAAACAGGCGAAUGGCUAAGCUUUUAGCCCUGGUGCUGGUUCUGGUGCUGGUUCUGGUGCUUGCAGGAGUUCUGCCUUUACUAAUCACGAUUUCACUCGGAAGUCAAAGGCAUGCACCGCCGGGCAGCCAGCCAACCACGCCACCCGACCUGUCAGUCAACAAACUAGAAGCUUCAAGACAUCAAAACUUGGAUAAUCCAGCUGCCAUGCUAACAGCUCCUGUAGGGAAUAACACGAAUGGGGUGUACCUUCAGUGGGCACAUGACAUCGGAAAUGCUUACUGUCACGGGGGCUUCAGCUACUCCAAUGGGGAUCUUGUGGUGCCCAGAGAUGGCUUGUACAGUGUCUACCUGCAGAUCACGUAUAGUGGUUCAGUGUGUCCUUUCCAUAAAAAACUGAUGAACAAGGUAUUGCAUUUUUCAGAAGAAUACAGAAAUGAUAUGACUCUCCUCUCAUCGAUCCACACAAUGAGCUGCAGCGAAGAUGUCUGGAGUAAAUCCCUCUAUACAGCUGGCUUCUUUUUCCUGAAAGCAAAAGACAAACUACAUGUGAAGUCAUCACAUCCAGAAUAUAUUACCAAGGCAGAAUACGAAGUGUUCUUUGGCGCUGUGCUUUUUCCUCACUAAUAUCUAUAUCACAUACUCAAGAUUGUUCGAAUCCGAUCUUGAGGAUGGUUUUUAGCCUCUUCUCCAGGAAAAUCAGUGUAUUUUAUGGUUUCUCCUUUACUCUUUUUGCUCAUGAAACAUAUGCAGCUACUGAUUGAUUAACAGCAGUGAGAAGCUAUUGAACAAGCUAUGACAGUGGGUUAAUUUCACCCUAUGCAAGUUAUAAGCUGCAUUGUUUUUUACUCAUUAACGACAGCUCACUUUACAUACUGCCUCCUAAACAGUGGUUUCCUGGUAUAAAAUAUAAUAUAUGUCCUUGACAGCACCUGACUCGUAUAACUGCAAAACUCAUCAAUUAUAGCCUACAUAGCCUUCUUCUUAUUUUAUAUGUGUGGAAUUAAAAUAUGUAUUUUGCCAUUGUGAUAAUUGUUGGUGAUGGUCCCUUUUAAAGUGUUUUGAAAUAUUUUCUCAAGUUCGGUUUAAAUUUCUCAAAGUCGAACAGUCUCAAGGUCUAAAAGCAAAAGAGCCAAAGACAUGACCAAGUGUGAACUUUAUGUUGAAAUAGAGACACUGCUCAGAAGUUUUCGGAAGACGGUGAAUCAUUAGCCCAGAAUUUCCAGCCACACAUAUACUGUUGCCAUCAUGACUGUAUUUAUUUCCGGUCACAACUAAGAAGGACUUGGCCCGUUUGGAUUGGCCCUAAAAGUGAGUCAGUUCUCAUAGAUCUCUAGUUCAAAGUCCUACACUCUACAGCAUUUAAACAUUAUGUUUACAGCAUUUUACUGAAAUAGUUUUGGUCUCUAUAGCUAAUUCCUCUCUUAAUUUUUCUAUAACGCUCUCAUUUAAAUUGUAUCGAGAUUUAAAAGUUACACUGAAAGCCACUUUGCCUAAAUUGGAGGCUGAUACUUUAAGCUGUAAGGCUCCAUCUCAGCUAACUAAAAACGAGACUUCUUGGCUAAAUACCAUGUAUUAUGAAAAAUUAGGUUUUAAAACAAGAGAUUAUAUUGGCUCAAAGGACGCCAGUGGAAAGUUAAUUGGCCACGUGGUGAAUGAUGCAGGAAACAAAAAGGAGUGGAAGCAUUAGCUGAAAUAUGAAUUUUUUGUACAGUUGUAGAUACAGUUGUGCUGUGGUAUGCUGAUUAAAUGCAGCACUGGUUGCUUAGUGUCCAGUCCUGUAGUCAUUGUAACAUGUUUGUAGUAGUCUAAACAUGUGAUGCUCUCAUCAGGUAAUAAAGCUUAAAUGUGGUGAUAAAAGCAUCUCAGUGCCACACAACUUUUAUUGUGUUUUGAAAUGAUGUUUAAAAGAUUUAGCACAGCAGUUUGUCCGUAUGAACACUGUGCAUCGCUGGUGUCAGUGUUUUAACGCUGACGGUAAGAGAAUUUCUCCCACUCAUAUACUUACAGUUUAUUGAUGUGUAAUAGGAAGCAUGUGCAAUGUUGAGGAACGCUUAAAUCACUGCACUACCUGCAGGUGUGACUCGAAAUGUUUGAGGGAUGCUGGAAGACUCAAUUGUAGAGUUAGUGAUGGAUUACAUUGUAUACCAUAGUAUUUAUAUGUGGUAGAAUGUAGCUAUUGUUUGUUGUUUUUUCCACGGGAUUCAUUGUAAACUGAUGAAAACAUAUAUGUGAAACUUUUCACUUUAUACUUUUAACCUACGAGUUGCUGCUGUGUGCUCAUAUACACUUAUUUAACAAGCCUAGAAAUGUGUUUGUAUUUAAUUAUUUAAUUCAUUGCUUGCAGGGAAUUCUAUACUUGGUGGUAUAUAAAUCAGCAUUUGCUACAAUGAAAGAAAUUACAUAAUUUGUAAACUUUUUACAAACUAUUUUUGUGCGAGUUGUGGGAAUAGUUUCUAAAAUAAAAGUUUAUG